GGGAUUAAUCUCUGCAAGGACGAGUGCUGAAGCAGUGGAGAUCCUAAAGCUCAUGUCUGCAACUUACAUGGUGGCACUUUGCCAGGCAGUUGACCUGAGACACCUAGAAGAAAACAUGAGGGAAGUAGUGAAACAUCUCAUCACCCAAGUAGCAAGGAAAACCCUUUACACAGAUGAAGAUGGAACGCUGCUAGAAUCUCGUUUCUGCCAGAAAGAACUCCUGCAGGUUGUCGAAAACUUGCCAGUCUUCUCCUAUCUCGAUGACCCUACCAAUCCUUCAUACUCCUUUUUGCCUCAACUCCGAGAUGUACUAGUUGAAAGAGCUCUCAAAGACCCCAAAUCCACCGACUCUGCAGGCUAUUCCAUUUUCAAGUGCAUCCCCAUAUUUCUAGAGGAACUGGAGGAGAAACUUGUUGAGAAGAUAUCAAAAGCAAGAGAAAGGUUCGAUAAUGGAGAUUUCCCAAUACCAAACAGAAUCAAGAAAUGCAGGACUUACCCCAUAUACGGAUUUGUGAGGAAAGAAGUGGGAACCAAGCUCCUUAGUGGUGAAACCAAGGUGAGUCCCCCCGGAAAGGAUAUAGAGAAGGUUUAUGAGGCGAUCAAUGAUGGGAAGUUGGGAGAUGUGCUGAUGAAGUGCUUGUCAUUUUGGAGAGGCACGGCGGGCCCUUUCACGCCGAGGCCUAGUGGGUUGUCUUCUCCGGCGCAGUUUAAUCCGGAGUAUUGGGGUUGGUUUGAGAAGCUGAGGUCUCCUUCUUCAGCUUCGAAUGGGAGAGUGAAUUGGGACCAGCUCUAAUGUAGAAGGAAGGAAAAGGCACUAAUUAGGAACAUGACCAUAACAAUUAUAAUGUUUGUUCGUAUGUUUUUAUUGUUGUUUUGUACUAGAAUUUUGAUUCCAGAUUAAAUAAAAU